AUGAACCCUAUCCUCAGAUCCCCAACAUCUUCUCUUUACUCAGAAUACAGAAGAAGCCACAUGAUGCUGAGAAAUGAAAGCUGCUUUCGAGUCCGGCACACCCCUCACCCCAGACGGGUCUGCCACAUCAAAGGUUUGAACAACAUUCCAAUCUGCAAUGUGAAUGACGAUGAGAUCCCUCUCAGAAUGUUACAUAGCUGUGGUCAGUUUAGCCACUUAGAGAAGAACGACACACCAUUAGCCAAAUUCAGUAACCUGCCCAGCACCACAGCCCUGGAGGAAAGCCCUGUCCGAGGGCUGUCACCAGCCCAAAACAAAGUUCUUGUAAAGCCUCAGUCUGAGCCAUGUAGAAAAGUCAGUAAGAACUUCAAGACUUCCACUGACAAUCCCUUAGUUUUUAAGAAGGAUGAAUUCAACGCCAAAAAGCCACUACUGACUCCAAGGAUGAACUCUGUUGCUGCCUCCCAGUGCUUAGAAACGACCAGUACAAAGACCGAUGGGAAUGAAAGCAUGGUGUGCAUACCAAACUACUUGGACCAGGAGAUAAAAAUCCUGUCAAAGCUCUGUGACAUUCUACACACCGAUUCUCUGGCAGAGGUUCUGCAGUGGCUAAUUCACGCAAGUACCAAAGAAAAGGAGUGGGUAUCAGCUGUGGUUCAUUCUGAGCUGGCUGGGGUAAACCUGUGCCACAGGAGAACCCUUUCAACGGAGGCAGCAGCAGAGCCCAGGAAGCCAGCCACAGCUGCAGCACCCCCCACAACCAAAUCGUUGCAAAAUUUAUCUGCCUCACCGAAAGUGCUGACUGGCUCCAGGGAAGGGCAUCAGCCACUCAGAAUGUCAAGUCAAGGAUCCGAAGGAAAUAAGGCGGCAUCACAAGGGGCUAAGAUCCCAUUGUUUAUAAGAACAAACAAGAUGAAAACAAUUGUUACAGAAUAUUUCAGCAAGCCGAAGGCUCCUCUCCGGUCCAACUCUCAGGACAGUGGGUUAGCAAAACCAGUGUCAGCAAGGAGUGUGCAAGGAUACAACUUUCAAAAAGCAUUAUAUCCUUUAACACCUCAAAGGUAGAAAGAAACAUUAGUCAGUUUUUUAGCAAAAUGAGCAUCAUACUGACAGUGCA